AUGUAUGGCGCUUCCUGUUAUGAAAUAAGUAGAUCUUUCGCAGACCUCCCUCAUCCUGCCCUCAGAAGGGGCCUUGGGACUCAUGACUGUGAGACCAGCAUCGAAGUUUUUACCGAUGGCUCCAAGACUGCGCAAGGCACUGCAAGUGCUUUUGUUGUGUAUGUCGGUAGUGAGGAAUCUCAUCAUGACACCCUUCCCCUGCACCCGGAGUGCUCAGUGUUUCAAGCAGAAAUGUUUGCCGUCUUUAAAGCAAUAGAAUUCUGUAAUAAAAUUUUCAACUGCAAUAUUACUAUUUUCACUGACAGCCAGGCCAUGGUUCAAGUCUUGACUAACAAAGAUACCACUCACCCCCUUGCUAGGGACACUUUGUUCUCUGCAGAUCAGUCCAGUAAUAAUUAUCAUAUCAAAUGGAUUAAGGGGCACUGCGGCACUCCAGGUAACGAACGUGCAGACUUCCUUGCACAUGUGGCUACCUCCUUCAGGGACAUCAACCCAGUCUCCAGGUUAGAGGAGUAA